CGCUCGUGGAAAAUUCAAAAGGCCUCUGUCGCUUAUCGCGCUGCGUGCGCUGCAAUUCCUUUUCUAUCUACGUGCCUGUGAUUCUGCACACACAUACGUGCAUGUGUGUGUGUGCGUAGGCUUGUGUAUUUCCGAGUGUGAAUAUUGCAGACGCUGCAAGCCUGCAUUGGAACCAGGAAAAACCAAUUACUUACGCCAAACGGAAGCAAAAUUCCGACCAAUAUCCGACCAGUUGCUGUGGCCCUUGGGGCCUCUAAUUUGGGUUAAGGUGGAAAUGAACAUUUUUCACUAGCCUCCAGUUUUUUGUUUUUGUUAAAAUUUAUGUGACAGACCUAUGUAUAUGUGUAUAUAGUGUAAUUGUUCGCCUAUUCUGCACCUAUCGAUAAAUCCAAUUUCUAAGAUGUUGAACAAAAAUUCAGCUUCUUCGCAAUCGUUGCCGCGCGUGCACAGUUUCUUCAACAUGAUACCCUCGAUUAUGCAGGACGAUUUGGCCCUGACCAUUAUGGCCGAUCGCGACAACAUGUUCUCGAUCAAAUCACAGCGCAGCCACGGCGAGGAUCUUAUUGUGACCCCAUUUGCCCAAAUUUUAGCCAGCCUACGUUCAGUGCGCAACAACUUAUUAAGUCUGACAAAUGUUCCAGCAUCCAACAAAUCCAGGCGGCCAGCUCAAUCGUCAUCCGUCGGACGCGCCGGCAACGUGAGCGGCGUCCUUUUGGCCCAGGGCGAUGAGGCUUACACACGCCUUGCCACCGAUACCAUUGAAGAGUUAGACUGGUGUUUGGAUCAGCUGGAGACCAUACAAACGCACCGCAGUGUCUCCGAUAUGGCAUCAUCAAAAUUCAAACGCAUGCUUAACAAAGAACUUUCACACUUCAGCGAAUCGAGCAGAUCGGGAAAUCAAAUUUCCGAAUAUAUAUGCUCAACAUUUUUAGACAAACAACAGGAGUUCGACUUACCCUCGCUGCGCGUGGAUGAGAAUCCAGAACAUACCGUAAAUACACCGAGCGUCCAAUAUCCACGCUGCCGCUCUCCACGCGGACCGCCCAUGUCACAGAUUAGUGGCGUGAAAAGGCCAUUAUCGCACACCAAUAGCUUCACCGGCGAACGGCUGCCCACCUUUGGGGUCGAGACGCCCCGCGAGAACGAGCUGGGCACCUUGCUCGGCGAACUGGACACUUGGGGCAUUGAGAUAUUCAAGAUUGGCGAUCUCAGCUGCAAUCGUCCACUUACCUGUGUGGCAUACACCAUAUUUCAGAGUAGAGAAUUGCUGACCAGUCUUAUGAUACCACCGAAAACUUUUCUAAACUUUAUGACUACUCUGGAGGACCACUACGUCAAAGACAAUCCGUUUCACAAUUCGCUGCAUGCAGCUGACGUGACACAGAGCACCAAUGUCCUGCUCAAUACACCGGCACUGGAGGGUGUUUUCACGCCGCUGGAGGUGGGCGGUGCACUGUUCGCCGCUUGUAUACACGAUGUUGAUCAUCCUGGCUUAACCAAUCAGUUCUUGGUUAAUUCAAGUUCCGAACUAGCAUUAAUGUACAAUGACGAAUCUGUUUUGGAAAAUCAUCAUUUAGCUGUUGCCUUUAAAUUAUUGCAAAAUCAAGGAUGUGAUAUAUUCUGUAAUAUGCAAAAGAAACAACGCCAAACACUGAGAAAAAUGGUUAUUGAUAUUGUGCUCUCGACGGAUAUGUCCAAGCACAUGAGUCUGCUGGCCGAUCUGAAGACAAUGGUGGAAACCAAGAAGGUCGCGGGAUCUGGCGUUCUACUGCUUGACAACUACACCGACCGCAUACAGGUGCUUGAGAAUUUGGUGCAUUGCGCUGAUCUCAGCAAUCCCACCAAACCGCUGCCACUCUACAAACGCUGGGUGGCGCUGCUCAUGGAGGAGUUCUUCCUGCAGGGCGACAAGGAGCGCGAGUCGGGCAUGGAUAUCAGUCCCAUGUGCGAUCGCCAUAAUGCGACAAUUGAGAAAUCCCAGGUGGGUUUCAUAGACUAUAUCGUGCAUCCCCUGUGGGAGACCUGGGCCGACUUGGUGCAUCCGGAUGCCCAGGAUAUACUUGAUACACUUGAAGAGAAUAGAGACUACUAUCAGAGCAUGAUACCGCCAUCGCCGCCACCAUCGGCGGCCGAUGAUUUGCCAGCAGAUGAAAAAAUACGCUUUCAGGUCACAUUGGAAGAGUCCGAUCAAGAGAAUUUAGCCGAACUGGAGGAGUGCGACGAGAGCGAUAGUAGAUGCGAGCCCAGUUCCACAGGCACUACGGCCACCACCGGCAACAGUGGGGGAGGUGGCGGUGGUGGGGGCGGCGUCAAGCCGUCAGGGAGUCAAAAUCAGACGCCACACGCUGGAAUGUGACGGAGAGUCGUGGGAAUUUAUCGCAAAUUGACGGAAAAGGCGCAUAACUUUUUCCUAAUACGUUAGUGACUACAAUUUAAAAAGAAACAAAACAAAAGAAAACAAAAAAGAAAAAACAAAAACAGAAAUGUUAAAUCGUAAAACCAAACAGCAAUAGAAAAGUACCGUUUAACUUAUAAUGAACAGUGAAAAAGCAAAAAAAAAAGAAAAAAAUUAUAAAUUUACUUAAAAGGAUGUGUUGAAUACAGUGGAAACAAAAACAAAAAAACAAAAAAUAACAAAAAACAUGUAACAAGAAAAACAAACAAAGUUGAGCUAGGCAACAGCAUUAAAUCAUUAACAUACAAAAAGCUUUAUUUUAAAAAGCUAGAAGCAUGUAGACAGAAACAAAAACAAAAACAAGAACACAAAACACAAAACAAAUACCAAAAACCAAAAACCGAAACCGAACCGAAAUUAGAAUCCAAGACAAGACAAAAAGCACAGCUUACUCUACUGAGUCAACAAGAAGAAGAAGAAGAAGAACAGACACUUUUGUUGGAUGUGCAAGGAGUUGUACAUUUUGUUAGUUUUAAUCAUUUAAGCAAUGCUUAGCUUUUAAAUUGAUUUUAGAUUCUUUGUUUAAUUUUAAAUAUCGAAAAAUAUUACUAUCUGUUUGAUUUCGAUUUCGAUUGCUCGCUGUUUUACAUCAAUUGACAAACAAAGACCAGCCAGGAAAGGAAUUUUCUAAGCAACAACAACAACAACAACAACGGCAACAACAAAUCAAACAAUUAGAAACAACUUGUAAUUUUAAUUUGCUUGAAAAGCGCAAACCUUUACUUUCAAUUUCUUAGACAGACAUUUAUCAAAUAAGUAUGUAUGUUUGCAUGCUAAAAUGUACACAUCAAUAACUUUUAACUAAUGAUGAUCAUGAUGAUGAUGAGGAUGAUGAUGAUGAUAAUAAUUGUAAUAACAUGAUAACGAUAAUUAUUGUUGUUACUUUUGAACAUUUAUUUAUUUCGACAAAUGACAAAAAUAGAAUACGAGCUAAGUAAUUACAAAGUACAGCAAUUUAGGGUUAAGCAUUGAUACAUCUCGAUAAAGCAUCCAAUGAAUUGCGAAAAAUUUGAAAUCACCGUUAGGAGUACGAGCAUUGAAAACGGCCAAAAGCGCGCCCAAAUCACGAAACCGAAACCGAAACCAAAACCAAAACCGAAACAAAUGAAAAGCAACAUGAAAAUGAGAAUGUUUUCGUUUCUGUUUCCGAUGUAUCAUUGUUUUUUUUUUUUUUUUCUGUAUGACUGCAAUGCCUAAGCAAACACACACAAGAUAUGGUCAACAUCACGAAAAAUCAAGUCAGAAUAAACUAAAUGUUAAUUGAUGAUUUGCUUUGAAUUUAUUCGAAAUUGUUUAACAUUUUGUUGCGAAUGCAAAGCUGGAAAAAUGCAAAAAAACAUAAACAAAAAUGAAUGUACAGCCCGUAACGUUGUCAAUAGACUGUAGUUGUAUAGUAAAAUUAUAUUAUAUAUAAUAACACAUACAUACAUAUACACACAUAUAUUAUUUGUACAUAAUUUAAAUGUUGGACUCGAAUUUAAAAGGGAAUAGCAGAAGGUAAAACAAAAGCAACGUGAACCCAUAACAAAAGCAAAACAAUUACUUUUAUUUGACUGAAAUCAUGGUUAUGGUCAUUUCAGCUAAAAUCGUUUCACCUUGUUUUCUUUUAUCGUUUUGCAACACCUCCAAUACACAUACACACACACACACACACUGUUUUUAUAUUUGUUAGAAGAAGUCUCUGUGGAUAUCUUCGCGCUUAUAACUUCCAAAAAUAGAAAGCUCCUUUGAGCCAUUACAAGUGAAACGCUGUCUUCGCAUAUUCGUAUAUAUAUAUACACAAUCGUGCACACAUACAUACACACAUACAAGUAUACCUACCUAUAUAUGUAUCUACAAGCGAGCUAUCUACUCUACCUAACUGAGGCAUACGCAUUAAACGGCCCACCAAAGCGCGCGCGCACACACACACACACACACACACACACACACACACACGUACACAAACAAAAAAUGAAUAAAUAAAUACAAGUGAAUUAAUCAAUGAAUCAAUUGUAGGUCGAUUCCAAAAUUCAAUUCAACUUCGAUGCAAUUUUUUGAGCUCCAAUAGCUCCACUAAUAGCUUGCACUCACGAGCUUCCCCCAAUUCGAGUUCUAAUCAACAACAGUGCAGUAUAUGAUCCUGCUAGAUACCGAGGACAUUCGGGCUUCUCACAGAGGCUCUUCAACUAUCAAAAAUUUGUGAAGGCUUCAGGAAGCCUAAUCAACACACACGACCACCAUUUCACGAGAAACCACGAGUAUGCCAAGUACGAGUAGCUUGUGUACAAUUGUUGUGUAUUCGUGUACAUACAUACAUAUGUAUAGUAUGUGUGUAAGUAUGUGUGCAAUCAACACUAAAUAGUAGUUGAGGAAAAGCAUGUGAAAUAAGUUUAAAUGUUGUUUUUUCGGAUUAAACUUAACAGAAGUAAGACUCCAAUUUACUGCUUUAUAAACAAAACAAAAAACAAAAAAAAAAGCAAAACAUUUAUUAAACAAAAAAGGAUGGAAAGGCAAGCAAAUUACAAGCACAAGCAAUUUUUAUUAAUGGCGCAAAUAAUAAUAGUAAUAUACAAAUAAUGAUAAAUAAAUUACAAGAAAAACCAAAAACCUUUGGCCAUAUAACAUACUAUACUUGUAUACAUAUAUGCCACUUUUAGGCGGCGUACUUGUGGCUGACCAAUUAUAAAGUGCAUAAUUUAUUACCUUUAUUGUUAUUAAUUAUUUAUUAAUAUUGUUUUUGUUUAUAUUUAACACACACACACACACAAACUCACAAAAGAUAUGUAAAACAGAAAUUUUUUGUGUUUCCGAGCGGGCAGGAUCCGCGAAAACUUGUUUUUUUUUUAGAUAUAUAUACAUAUAUCUACUUAUAUAUAUACUAUAUAUACAUACUAUAUACAUACAUACAUGAUGACAUGAACCUUGAUGGUCUAAAAAUAUCAUUAAAAUUAUUAUGCACUACUAAAGCAACUGUGAAUAUGCAUAUACUCGUACUCGUAUUAAUACUACUGUAAUGUGUAUACAUACUCGUAUGUGUGUGUUUACAGAUGCGAAAUGGAAAAUUCAUAAAUUAUUGUUAGAGACAUACGAGUAUAAAAAUGAAUGAGAAAAUGUUAUAAACGCCCUCAGCAAAAGAAGAAAAAAAGCGAAAAACCAAAUGAAAAACUUGCAUUCAAAUUUCUAGUUAUGCAUGUGGCGAUGGGACGUGUUCCCAUACACGUAUUGUUGCAUCAAUAAAAAUAAAAUCAACUACAACCAACAUACUUUAUAGUUAUUUAAGCAGCAAAGCGAAAAAGAAAAUAUUAUUAAAAUAAAGCCACCGCAUUGUAAAUGUGCGCUUCAGAUUUACUUUUAAAUUUCAAUAAAAAUAAAAGGAA